CCGAUAAUGAAAUAUUUUGCAUUAGUCUGAGGAAAUUUUUCGCCCUUUAGAGCCCUUCAUCUCUCAUAUUUUCUGGCUAUCUGAUUGGAAAACAGUGUCGUGGAACCAUCAUUAUGGCAUCGAGCCAGGGAAGUGUCGAAGUUUCCACAGAAAAUGCCGUCGCUUCAUCCGCAAUUGAACCACUUUUAAACCUUGCACUAGGUGCCUCCGAGGAGGUGAACACAACGUCGAAUAGUAAAGGAAACAUAGAAAAAAGUUCAUAUUUACUUCGAAGCAAAACCUCUAAUACUAAUCAUGAAGCUUCUAAGGAUACAACCGAAGGCCAACAUAUUUCAACUCCACUAAAUUCUCCUAUAGUAACAUGUUCAACAACAUCUUUAACUCAAAAUGCAACAGUAGAAGAACCACAGAAUGUAAACGACCUGGUUCGUGUAGUUUCAGCAAACGAAGUGGACAUUAAUCCAGUUUUCAGUGGCGAAAAUCUUCAUCUUGUACACAUGCAAGAAGACACUACUAACGAGACUGGAGAGAACUCAAACCMAAUCCCAGGAGGCUUUGUGGUCAUUGAACAAUCAGUUUUAGAGCAGAUCAGCGGGUUUCUGAAAAGUGCUGUAGCCAUGCAGAGUAACAAUGUGUCAAAAUUAGGCAGUCAGGUCACUGAGACGAGCAGCGUCAGCACAGCAAAUCAAGUACUGCAAGAAGACGUUCCUAAUAGUACCACCAACUGUACUCCACAAAAUGACAGCAAAUCUAMAAGAGAUACRUCUAAUCAACAGUUGAUUCCAACUGAUGAAGAUGAGUGGAUUGACACYAAAGCUAUCGCAUUGCAACUGACAGAUGAAUUACGGCGUUAUCAUAUACCACAGGCAGUGUUUGCRAAGAAGAUUUUGAAACGAUCUCAAGGGACAUUAAGUGAUAUACUGCGWAAACCCAAACCAUGGAACGAGAUGAAGCUAGGAAAGGACAUUUUUAGGAAAAUGAAAGAGUGGCUUAGUUUACCUGAAGUGAAAAGGAUUCCUCAGCUUAGAACAGAAGGUAUAUAA